GCCGGCAUAUGGCGGCGGACGGGAUGUUAGGUACGGAUGAUGCAGUGUGGAAUGAGCGCCAUUCUUCUGACCGCAAUGACGACUGACGAAUGCACUUGGUCAACUUAUCAACUACUUGCUCGACCAGGCUAGAGCGUCACUUCGUCAUCGACGCCACUCCUGUCGUUGCCUGUUCUGCAUCAACUUGCGCCUGUCAACGAUCGUCCGCUUCCAGCAUCCCGAUGGAGCGAAGCGACAGACGCAACGACGAUUGAAGCAAAGCGUCGUAGGGAAUAUGAUC